CUGCGAAGGCCGAAGAAAUUCGCCCAUCCUCUCUCUGGUUCACUUGUCCCUCCAACGGCCAAGCAAUAGCACCUACUACUAGUGGGCGUGUCCUGACGCCUCGCUAAUUACUGGUCCUCUUAGACUUAAUUGCUCGGGAGGCACGAGAGGGAUGGAAUGACUCGGAGCUGUGGAAUGAUCACUAAUUGCAAGACUGCGUCUGGUGCAUUGCUGGGGAUCGAACUAUCGAGAGAUGGAGUAUUACGCAACAAAGCUGCCGUGUUACCUCUGUCCAGAGGUGCAACUGCUGUGCCGAUUCUCCCCCUUCGCGUAUCCAUCGCAUCUCAGACCUCGUUUCGGGCCAGCCUUUUGGCAAUCCGCAGACUGAAAGGAUCCGCUUUGGAGCGACGGGCAUCACAUGACCGAGCGGAGAUGCCAAUGUUUCCGGUGUCCGUUUUCUCCCGAUCCUUCCUGUUCAGGCUUGUCCGCUUUGGGCUCACCGAAUGUGACCUUGACAACGGAGCGGGAGCCUGCAACCUCUCGGGAGUUCUCGGGCCUGGCAAACGGAAGCGACCGAAAACCGGGCAGGAGGAGGGGGGUCAGCAGCAGGUCGGUUUUCGUGAUUACAGGAACAAACAACACCAGUAGCAUCCGGUUAGGUACCAAACGGUUUGGUUUGGUUUGAGGCGCCAUAGACCCAGUAAAAUGUCUCCAUCUGACUGGAUGGCAUCUGGAUCUACCAUGUGUAAUUUUCCAGGCUAUCCUGGCUAUUUCUGAGUUGCUACUGCCACAGCCUUCUUUUAUUGAAGACAACGCUACCCUCCUGCAGAAGGACACUGACGAGGAUGUCAGAUCAACAUCUACAGCUGUGCGAA